ACACUUCGCACUGUGUGAGGAUGAAGGUGAACAUCUUCUGCUGCCUGUUGGCCUGCACUCUGGGCUCUAAUGUCGCUGCAGGUUUGACCCAUGAAGGAGUUAAGGAGGGGACGCGGAUCACUCUGCGCUGUCCUCACUCUGUGGAGGGUGGAGUGAGGUGGAGCAGAGAGAGUGGAGGAAGCAGAGCUGACAUACUUACAGCUGAUGGAGACAAAACUACAAAACACAUCAAUGAUCCACAGAAACGAUACAGUUCACAGGCUGACGGGGUUCUGAUCGUCCUCAGAGCUGCUCCCUCAGACUCUGGCAGAUACUUCUGUGACCAUGAAGCAGCUGUGGAGCUGACAGUGAUCCCAUCAGGAACAACAAUAGUGAGUGUUGCAGAGAGGAGCAGCAUCACUCUGAACUGUUCUCAUGAUGCUGGAGGAUCAGCUGUUCCCACGUGGAGACGAGACUCUGGAGAAAUAAAUGAAGGAAGGAUUUCUGUUUCCACGGAGGACACAACAUUACGUAUAAGAGAAGCUGAGCCUGCUGACUCUGGACUGUACUACUGUGAUGGAGAACCAGCUGCUUAUCUGAAUGUGACCAAAGGACAGAGAUCUGACACAGAUAAUAAGACAACAAAAACAACAACAACACCUACUGCUACAACUCAUACAGCAUCAGUAACAACUGCAUCACCCCCCGAUGCUCCAUCAGCUUUUCCAGUGCAGAGUUUCCUGAUAGGAACUGGUCUUCUUCUUCUCUCCAUCUUCAUCCUCAUCACUGCCUGCUUCAUGUGGAGAUGCAGGUCCAGCAGACGAGGGACUGACGAACAGCUCCACGUCUAUGAUGAGAUACCAGCUGGAGCAGAACUUCAUCUUAUAAAUGGAGGAUCAAACCACAGUGAUGCCACAUACGACACCAUCGCUGAGCUGCCACAGACUGGAAACGACACCAGUAACACCUAUUUUCCACAUUCCUUGACUGCUUCCACUUUCCAUGCUGGAAAUAAUAAAGGAGGAUCAGACCACAGUGAUGCCACAUACGACACCAUCGCUGAGCUGCCACGGACUGGAAACACGACCGGUUCUUCACAGCCCGUCAACAACACGUAUGUCUUACUGGAGAAACCCAAGAAGCAGGCCGGACCGGUGUAGCUUCACCUGAAUGUCCUGCCGUCAGGAACAAUCUGCCUCAGCACAGAUGUUCAUGGGAACAUGUAACAUGGAUAUGUCGAGAUUAUUCUGAAUUAUUGUGAAAAGCUGUGUGUGUUACUGUUAGUCGUAAUACAACCUGAAAACAUGAAUACAAAAAAAGCAAUCAGUCCUGAACGCUGUCAUCAGGUGAAAUGUUGCUCUGAUGUUUUUAACAUGUUAACAGUACAGAUGUGUGUGUGCUGUAAAACUGUAAAUACAUUCAUUUAGGAAAUUAAGGCAAUAAAAUGUCAUGAAAUUGUUUUUAGAGCCUGUUUCUACAGUGGAAUUCAUCAUCAGGGCGACUUUUUUAAUCAUGUUAAAUGACAUCAAAUGAAUGUUUUUAUGAACCAUUAUUGGUGAUUACAUGUUUGGGAGGUUUACUCAAAGUAAUUCUAAUGAGAAUGCCAACAGAGACCCGGCCUCUGAGAACAGAGAAGUCAAUGAGACUUUUUACCUGGAUUAAAUAAAUAAAAGCGUUGUUGGUUAAA